AUGGCCGAGCUCACGUCUGCCCCGGUCCUUUCGACGCCCGCCGAGCACACAUUUGUCGAAGACCCGACACCGACGUCGAUCAUCGAGGCCGCGCAGAACCGCGCCGCCACGUCCGACGAGGAAAAGCUCCACGUCUACGAGAUUGCCCGCACCGCGAGGCACAUCCGGCAGCAGAGAUGGCGGCGGAUCGCGCUGCAGUUCCCUGACGCGAUGCUCCCCGACGGGCCGUGGGUUGCGGCGGCGGCGGCGGACACAUACAAGGACGGAGAGCAGAGGCUGUACAUCCUGGCCGACACGUCGUACAGCGCCUGCUGUGUCGACGAGAUUGCCGCCGAGCACGCCGACGCCGACGCCGUCGUGCACUACGGGCGCGCGUGCCUGAGUCCCACCUCGAGGAUACCCGUGUUGCACGUGUUCACGAGGCAGGCGCUCGACUACGAGGAUGUAGUGCUGGCGUUCGAAAGCGAGUUUAAGGACAAGGAGGCGAGCAAGAUUGUGGUCAUGGCAGACGUCAUGUUCCAGGAGCAUGUGCUGCCUGUGUGCGAACGGUUGCGGGAGAGGGGCUACAAGCACAUCUCGGCGACGGAGAUUGUCCACGACCCAGCCGCCACGGUGCCAAACCGCCGGAUACUCGACAGCGCUCCUGCUGAUGCUUCCGAAGACAAAAGUGCUGCCCCCGAGUCGACAACGGCGACGACGCAAGAUGAGCUCCGCGACCACCACCUGUUCCACAUUUCCGCGCCGCCCACGGCGCUUCUCAUGACGUUGUCGAGCCGCCUGUCCUCGUUGAGGAUAUACCCCACGCCGUCGUCGCCAUACUCACCCAUCAACUCGGACAUCCCAGAUCCCAGCAUGACCCCGCGGCUGCUCCAGCGCCGGUACGCGCUGGUGAUCCGCCUGGCGACCGCCUCGGUGAUUGGCAUCCUCGUCAACACGCUUUCGGUCAAGAACUACAUGGACACGAUAUCCCGGCUCAAGGCGCAGAUCGCGGCCGCCGGCAAAAAGAGCUACACCAUUGUCGUGGGCAAGCUGAACCCGGCCAAGCUGGCCAACUUUGCCGAGAUUGACGGGUGGGUCGUCGUCGGGUGCUGGGAGAGCGGGCUGGUCGAGCAGGACGGGAUGUGGAAGCCCAUCAUCACACCGUUCGAGAUGGGCCUCGCCCUGCAGGGCGACGACAAGCGGGUGUGGACGGGAGAGUGGUGGGCCGGCAUCGAGGAGCGGCAAGAUGACGAGCAGGGCCGAGAUGACCUGGACCCCGGCGACAUUUCAGACGAGGAGUCCGCGCCGCCAGAGUUUGAUCUGCGGACAGGCAAGCUCAUCAGCAAUAGCAGGCCGAUGCGUGGUCUGGCCAUUCGGAGCAGUGCCAGCAAGUCAACUACUGCACCGGCAGACGCUGAUGCAAACUUGGCGACAUCUUCAUCGGCACUUGCGAAGCGGGCGACGGGCGAGAUUGCAAGCAUCAACGGCAUCGCGAGUCCCGGCGCCGAGUAUCUUCGCACUCAGAGAACAUGGCAAGGGCUGGGCACCGACUUUGACGGUGGCGAAGAUGGGGUUGUCGAGGAGAGCACAGUGGUUGAAGAAGGGCGGAGUGGUAUCGCGAGAGGAUAUACAGUUGGCGAGGACCACUCGAGGACGUGACGAGCUUCAAUAGGAAGACACUUAUUUAGCAUCCGAAGAUACCCUCACAAUCCCAGCAAGGCAUGUUCCUGCGCUAGCAUCGCUUCACUAUGAAUGCGUGAGUCGCUACUUGCAUUAGGAUCGUGUUCGACUCUUCCUGUC